UCUCAUACAUGUCCGAUGCGUGCUGAAUCCUGAUUUCUCACGUAGCAGUGCGCGACAGAGCGAACGAGCGUGCUGAAUCCUGAUUUUUCACGUAGCAGUGCGCGACAGAGCGAACGAGCGUGCGUACGCGAGGCAGAGCAAGAAUCGAAGAGCUACACAGGUUAAUUCAAUUCGAUCAGGGUUUCCAAGAUGAUCAUACCAGUACGGUGUUUCACUUGCGGAAAGGUGAUUGGCAACAAAUGGGAUACCUACUUGGAUCUCCUCCAGGCUGAUUACUCGGAAGGAGAUGCCUUGGAUGCCCUGGGUUUAGUCCGGUACUGCUGUCGGCGCAUGCUGAUGACUCAUGUGGACCUCAUCGAGAAGCUUUUGAAUUAUAACACUCUUGAGAGGAAUGAAAGCAACCAGUGAUGGUGUCACAUUCUCAAAGUGUGAAAAUCAACAGCCGAAACAACAGCAACAGUUUCCUGAUCACGAGAUGCGAAGAAGAAAUGGUGUGGUAGGGUUGUACUGCCAAACGACAAUAUGAAGAUCUGAGUCAGUUUUUGAUACGUCAUCUCGGUGAGACGGCGGUGCAGCGAAACAGAUGGAUUCAGAGAGCUAAAUAUGUUGAAGAUUUUAGAGUCUGACGUGGUCUCGGCGGAGUCCACGAUAAUACUAGUUUAUUUUGAAGUAUGGAGCUAGUAUUCUGUUUUAAUGCCAUAUGCAGCCCUCACAAGUUUCAUCCCGAGGUUUUGAAGGGAGGAAGCUUAGCCGGAGAUAUUUGGGCUGGACACCGUUAGGGUCACUUUCUGCAGCCUAAGAAGAUUUUGUAGAUGAGCUCUAAGUCAUAAGGUGGAUAUAGUGUCGUCCUUGCUGUCACUUGCUUGACCACCUGCUUCUGAGUAAACCCUGGAUGUCACAGUGCAAUUCGUUCACCUUUUUUCAGUCACCCAGCGGUUUCGAUUAUAUAUCGAGUAUACUUCUAACGUUUCAAUCCAAGUCCAACUGAACCCUAGGGCGCAGGGUAUCCACACUGACACAGACGAUCAGAUUGUGAUGAACUUAUUGUUUCGAUGUACUGGUGCUGUUCAGCUGUGACUCGCUAGCUCUUCUGUGGAAGGAAUUUGGAUCCUUCUUCAGCCAAGUUCAACUCCCUUGUGAACAUAUGUUUGUUCUGUACCUAUCGUACCUCCAAAUGUCUCGAUCAACUUCUUGAGCAUCAUUGAUGCUGAUGGCAGGC